AUGUCGUCGAAGGUAGAGACGAACACUGAAUAUCCCUAUGCUGAGCUGGGACUGGGCGUUCGGGAAGACGCGAUGACGGUUUUUGGCCGCAUUGCACAGACACCCUGUACUCAGACUGGGAGGAAGCGGCUUCUCUGUUACGUGUUGGCUGAACUGCACAUGAAGAACAAAUCCAUCAAACCCCUUGUGCAACGAGUAAGAGCUGUGCUAGGAGAUGUCAAAUCUCUCGAAAGUAAGAUAUACAAUGCUCUCAGGAUUGGCAGACGAUGGCGUGCUAUUGUCUCCCGGGUUUCCCGAAAACCAGACAAACCGCUUACUGGAAUCCUCCUUGCUCUCGAAAAGGGAUACAUCUGGGAACGUUGCACUGAGUCCGAAUUCCAGACUGCUCUUGACAACCUUCCGACUACGUCGGACAUAUUGCUAAAUGCACAAGAGAUGGGUCCAUUUGCUAACGCUGUCAUAAAAGAAAUAAAAUCGUAUCUUAACUUUCCGGACCAUGGAAAAUAUAUGACACAGAUUUACAACCGUUACGAGGGGUGGAAUGAACCGGUUUCAGGCCUCGAUUCCAUGUCCUUAGCCAUAGUCUCCGUGGUUAUUCCACAUCUGAAGGUCGCCGGGUCCGCUGAUUCUGCGCGUCUUACGAUUCUGCUGUCAUUCCUCGCGGACCACGAUAUCCCGAUUGAUCUCCUAUAUCGUGGGUCGUCCCGUCGCAAGCGAUGGACUGAAAACGGGGAGAUUAUUGAAGCAGAUCCAGCCGAAUUGGGACUUUCUGAGCAUUUGAUACGCGUGUGCGCCCACGACAGACUGACGAACACUUUGUCCGAACUCCAGUCACUUUCAGCUAUUGUCUGGACAUCCGAUUCAAAGUUCAAACUGAGGGAGAGAGAAAGGCAAGAGAUACAGGAGAGGCUUCCUACCAGUCUCCGUUCCUUCUGGUGUCUUCAGGCUCUCAUUUUCGCAUGCCGUUCAGUUCCUUGGAAAUAUUUGGAGCAUAUGGAAACUGACAAAAGCCUACUUCUGUCUCAUAUCCGACACGCCCUGGAAGGGGCUCGCCGUUGGUGUAACUUUCAGGCCAUGACUCGUAAAGUUAGGGUGGAUCUCGCUCAUAGCCUUAUGGAAUCUUCGCGUUAUUCUGUUAUGGAGUGGAAGCAAUUCGCAGUCAACCAGGCAAAAGAACUCACCCUUGGCCUAGACGAUAGUGAUCUGCGUUCACAACUUGCGCAAAGACAAUGUCUUCUUCAUCGACUCUCUGGUGAAACCGAACCUGCUUUUACUGCCUUGAUGGACGGCUUACCACACAAGACCAACAGAAGGUCACAUGCCAUAUACGGGCAUACCAUUCUCCAACGCGCUCUCAAUCAUAUUCAGCUUGAUCAACUUGACAAAGCAAUUGCUUCGCUCGCAGAAUGGCAGCCGGUUUCCCAGCCACACUCUGCAAUGGAACAAGUGGUUCUUUUCCGUCAAUACCUUCUAAUGGGCAAGAUUUUACGUUAUCAAGGUCACUUCACGGCAUCUUUACAGUAUCUGCAGGGAGCUCAGAACAUCACAAAUACCGCCAAGGACCUUGUUUUCGUCGAAGAUGCAAGUGAUCUGGCAUGUAACUUGGCCGAUACGUAUCUCGAGCUCGACGACCCAGCUGUGGCCGAAAGUUGUCUUCGGGCUGCAAUGAAACAUCAAGUCCCGAAGCAAGCUGCAUUAAUGAUUGCUCUGGCAGAAUGUCUUUUCGCGCAGGAGAGGUUCGUGGAGGUGGACGAAAUACUCCGCCACAUAUCACAGUGUCAGUUAAAACUUAUGAAGAUGGACAAGUUACGGCAGUCUAUAGUCCAAGCCAAGUUAUCGCACAUUCGAACCCAAUUCGAAGAAGCCUUCCGCUAUUGGACUGAAGCUAUGAGUAACCUUAGGCGAUUCACCUUGGCUAGCGGUCGCACAACACGCAUAAUUCUGCUCUCUCAGUGUCACGUUUUACAUUGCCAAGGACUCUAUGAUAUUGAAAACCGAACCCGGGAUCAACUGGAUGCUCUUGAAAGAUGUGCUGGCAUGAGUGGAGCUUCAUACUGGGUAUCUGGUUUGCGUCAUUGGCUGCACUUCCUAGAGUCAUGCAAGCAGUGA